AUGCGACUUGUCAACGCUAGGUCCCUCCAGCUCGAAGAGUUCUUUGGUGAAGGAAUUCCAAAGUAUGCAAUCCUUUCACACACUUGGACAGAGGGGCAAGAAGUCACGUUUCAGGAGUUCUCGGCCCAGAAAGCUCGCAACAAGUCAGGAUGGACCAAAAUAGAGAGGACUACACAGUUGGCUCUCGAGGACAAGCUUCAUCAUGUAUGGAUCGACACGUGCUGCAUCGAUAAGACUAGCAGUGCUGAGCUUACCGAAGCUAUCAAUUCCAUGAUGAGCUGGUACGAGCGAUCUCAAGUAUGCUACACAUACUUGGAGGAUGUUCCAUCUGGUCUUGGGGUAGACGCGCGGGAAAACGUAUUUCGCAACAGCCGGUGGUUCACUCGAGGGUGGACCCUACAGGAGCUUCUCGCACCGUCAAAACUCGCCUUCAUAUUCUCCGAUUGGACGCGGUUUGCUACCCGGAAUCAGAUGGCCAACCUGGUCAGCAGCAUCUCUGGCAUUGAGGCAUCAUUUCUACGCACGCCCGAAGGGCAGAAGAACAACAAGAACUUUCCGGCAACCGAUACGUCUACGGCAAUACGUGUGUCUCGGAGAACAAGUCUCUACUCAGCAAGCAUCGCACAAAGAAUGAGUUGGGCCUCGAAUAGACGAACGACCCGUGUGGAAGACAUUGCCUAUUGCCUUCUGGGCAUAUUCGACAUCAAUAUGCCACUGCUCUACGGUGAAGGGUCCAAAGCAUUCCUGCGCCUCCAGGAGCAGAUUUUGAUGAGUUCAGAUGACCAGUAUAUAUUGGCCUGGAACUUUGAGGGGCUCAAAACAGAACAGUCUGGCGCUGAUGGUGAAGACUGGUUUUCGGACUAUUACCUCGGUAAUCCAGAAUUUGCUGGCCUUGUCGCCACCUCUCCUUCUGUCUUCUCGACUUGCCAAAGCAUUGAACGCAUCAAUAUUGGCAAACCGACGCUUCACUCGCUCAUAACGAAUAAAGGACUGAGGUUAGAACUCGCAAUCGGACCCUCCGAAGCGUAUCCGCGUGCUUUCCUGCAAUGUCAAGACAAAUGCGCCCCCGCCAGCGUCGUAGCAUUGUCGCUGAUGCUGACAGACGAAGGAUUUUACGUACGGGCCAGACUUCCACUGGUACUCGUAGACUAUCAGCUUCUGCUGAAGUUUCGGCCCACAGAACUUUACGCUCUGGAAUACGGCGAAUACGCUAUGCGGCGGGAAACGGGCAGGGACUACACCAUCAUGAUACGAAAUCUACCAGAGGACAUCAAAAUCCUGCAUGCGUGGGGUGAAAAUGGCAACAUGGAACGUGAUUCAGAAAUCAUUCUACAGAGCGACGGCCGGGAUGACAAAUUGACAGGAGGCGCUCUACUGCUGGGUGAUCAAAUCUCUGUCAAAUCAAGGUUGAUUCUUGUUGUCGUAUCGCAAAGACAAUCAGCCAAAAGUUACGAUUGGCCUUGCCCUUUGGAAAUGUCUGGUCUCAUCGACCUUGACAGGCUAGAGGAUCAAUGGCCGGGCAUAUGGGAUUCCACCCGUCCACUCAAGUCUGAAAAUCUGUCAAGAAUUUUGGAAGAAGCGAAAAGAACUCAUUUCGACCAAUGGCCAGAUUGUGGAAUAAUGCCGACCAUCUACACAGCAUACGGCGUUUUCUCCACACGCGUUGAUGUUCAGGAUUGCUUUGGAAAACCUGUUAUCUUCGUCGACGUAAGCCUUAAACUAAGGCAGCAUGUUGACAUCCGAAGCCUCCCGAGGCAGCUUCCAUGGUGGCUUCGAUACUACAUGCGAGGGCACAGUGGUGUCAACAGGGUCAUGCUUCUGCUUGUCCUUGCCCCACGCGUCUGUACCAUUGUGAUCGAACUUUUGGCGCGAAAGGCCGCUAAGAUUUUCAAAGCUACAGCCUAUCCUUGGUAUAUGGUCCCCCUCAUGACGGAUUACGUGUUCCUCCCUGCUGGCGAUCCUCCUCUAUUUCUGGCUUCAACGCUAGCAACAGCGCGCAAGGAGACGUUGCAGACUCUCAAACGCAGGGCAGCCAUCAGCUUACUUGCCUACCUCAGCUGCAAGCUCAUCGGGUCAGAUACAGUGCUGGAAAGAUUCAAGAAAUUUCUUGCGAGUAAGAAGUAG